UUAGGUAAGAGAAUAAUGGUACUACAGAUGAGAAUGGCACUGCAAGUCAACUUUGGGCUUGCUUCUCCUUUCAGGUGUGCCCCUGGUUACUAUGGAAAUCCUUUGCUAAUUGGAAGCACUUGUAAAAAAUGCGACUGCAGUGGCAACUCAGACCCAAACCUGAUUUUUGAAGACUGCGAUGAAAUGACCGGCCAGUGUCGCAACUGCCUGCGCCACACCACAGGCUUCAAGUGUGAGCGAUGUGCUCCAGGUUACUACGGGGAUGCUGUAUUCGCUAAAAAUUGUACAGCAUGUAACUGCGGUGGGAGAAUGUGUGACAGCCAGACUGGAGAAUGCCUCGCAGACAGUCCUGUAAUUUCUACUGGCACAGACUGCCCAACCAUCAGCUGCGAUAAAUGUAUUUGGGAUUUGACAGAUGACAUCCGGUUAGCAGUGCUGGCUAUUGACGAAAGCAAAUCAACUUUAUUGAGCAUCUCUACAGGUGUUGCAGCUCAGAAACGUUUGAAUGACCUGAACCUCACUACCACCCAUCUCCAGGCAGCAAUGUCUGAAAAAAAGGACCUCUCCACGCUUCGGACCAUCGAAGUCGAUGAUGCUGCAGACGACAUGAAUGAUCUCCUGAGAGAGGCAGAAAACCUGGAUGACCAGGGAAAUCAAGCUUCCAGCAAGGGUCUACUGGUACAGAAGGAAAUCAUGGAGACCAACAGCCGUGCUACUCAGCUCGUGCAGAAGCUUAGUAAUAUGAGGGAUAAUAUUCAAGAAAUCAGCAGCAAGAUGAAAUACUAUGCGAUUCAACAAGAGCUAAGCCCUGAAGAAAUUGCCCAGAAGCUGAGUAUGGCUGAGGAGAUGCUGAAGGAGAUCAAACGUCGUAAGCCUUUCACAAAUGAGAGGCAACUUGCAGAUGAAGAGGAACAUGCUGCGGUGGACUGUGAGUUUUGAAUCUGCUUUCCAUUC